AUGAUUAAUACACCAGAUAACUGUAUCAGUAACUGUUUUCUAUGCAAUAUUAUGGAACAAUGUUCACGUCAAUGUAUGCGUCGAACAUUUUAUGCUGUUCUAGUCGGUGUGUCACCAAUUGUUAUCUGUUUAUUAUUUAUUGGUCUCGCUCGUUUAAUAUUAUAUCGUCUCGAAAUAGCUUAUUAUCGUCGACAAAAAAUAACUGAUCGUCGCUCGUCAUUACUUUCUUAUCAGAGUGGUCGUCUUGCACUUUCUUAUACACCUGUAUCAAAUGCUGAAUUACAACGUAUUAUUCAAGGCGAAUAUCAAAAUCAACAAAUAAGAGAUCCAUCAUCAUUUGUUUACAAUAGCCAUAGUAAUAUACGUAAAGCUCCAAGAUUUAUUAGAUCAAUAUUACCAAGACGUGAAUCAACAUUACCAGCAUCAAGUAUUCUUGCAAAUCUUAUUAUACGUCGUAAUGCUUUGGAUGCAGGUCCGAUUACAGGAAUAGUUACACCUAUUGACACACCAUUACAACCUACAUUUUCUAUAAUUAAUGAACAAGAAAAACGGCAACCAAGUAUGAUUACUGUAACAAAAGGAUCAAUCGAAGCCAUAACAACAGCAUCAACAGUAGCAACAAUGAAUAAUAAUAAUAAUAAUAAUAAUAAUAAUAAUAAUAAUAAUAAUAAUCAUGGAAGCUUUUUGACUACACAUGAUUUAAUCGAGUCUGAACAAAUAUCAAAUGAUCAAUUAAUGACUGCAACAAAAACAUUGACAACAACAGUUGUUGUUGAAGAAUUACUGGAUUUUCAUUCAGUUAGUUCAAUACCAUGUGCAUUAACUUUGCUUAAUCAAGUUGCAGAUAAUGAUAAUGAGAAAAAUUCAGAGAUAAAUAAAAAUAAUGAAGAAAAAUAA